AUAUUGCGGAGAAGAGAUUCGGGAGUAGCCAGUUUUUUUGCGUUGCUCUUCUCUUUUCAGCGUUAUAGCUUCCCCAUAUUCUGGGCAUGCAGUAGUCAGGACCGAGGAGACACCACAACGUGACUGAGUAAGAUGCUGUCGCGCGCUAAGCUGCCUGGGCCCCCUGUCUGUGGCUCUGGGGCUCUGGGGGCCUGUGACUCUGGGGCUCUGUGGCUUUGGGGCUCUGGGGCUCUGGGACUCUGGGACUCUGCCCUGUGGCUCUGGGACUCUUGUGGCUCUUUGGCUCGGUGGCUCGAUGAUGGUGCUGGGGGGCUCUGCUCCAGCAUCUGGAUAUAGAUCUCUGCCUUCUUCCCACACUGGGAGGAGCCCCUUUGAUCUACAUCCUCUUCUCUAGUUCUCUCUUAGCUGAUGGUCUUGACUCUCUUGGAAAGUGAAGUGUGCUGGUCGGUGUCCAGAGCCGUCAGUUCACAGCUACCAUCCAAUCCUGCCUCAGCUAAUACAUUCAACGAGGCCCCCUCUGCAAGCUCCCGUUUCCCCACCGCUUCUUGCGGUCCC